UAAAACUUAAACAUAAUAAUCGAAAUUUGCAGUUCCAGAACUACUAUGGUGAGAAAUGCGUGUGGCAGAGUGUGAUCCUAAAAUGAUCAGUUGACUAAUAUGAACACCCACGAUGUCGUCAAAUUUUCACGUCUUCUCAACAACGAGAUUCGCAUUCUCUAGGGUUUCUGAGUUUAAUUGAAAUUUUGCUUUGGCUGGAGGAAGAGUUGAAGAGGACCGAUCUGAAAUUGGAAUCUUAUAGAUCAAGGAUAUUCAGGAUAUUUAGAGAAUUGUUGAUCUUCAAUUAUGGGGGAAAUAUGAGCUAUUAGAAGCAGCGUAAAAACGACUUCUUGUCCAUCUUUUAGGAAAUAAUUAUAAUGAGUUUCGCAAUCACGAAAUUUAGUAGGAUGGAGUGCCCAAAAUACUUGAUGAUGAUGUGUUGACCCUGUUAUAAAGAUGAUAAGUAUGCUGCAAAAGAUGAUUUUGUCUUUCAAGCCAUCAGAUAUAACAAAACCAAGUUUGAAGUCACUCCUACAGUUUGAAGUCACUCCUACCUUAUGUUUCUGAAAAUCAGAGUUUUAAUAAUAGGUGUUGUUUCUUGUCUGUGUACGCAAACUGAAAAUGUUUACAAGAAUGUGAACAGGAAGAUUGAGAAAGGAGUUGCUUGUCCCACAUGUAUAUCAGUAAACAACGUAGUCUGCCAUUUCUCUCCACUAGACAAUGACGAGUCAGUGUUGAAAGCUCACACCCAUGUACUUCAAGAAGGUCCUAUUACAGGAAGGGCAGAAGAUGUCAUUGCUGCUGCAAAUACUGCUGCAGAGGUGGCCUUGAGGCUUGUCAGGCCAGGAAAGAAGGGAUGCUGAAGAAUUGGCUGAAGUUGAAGCUAAAUUGGGAUUAUGAUGAAAGAGGAUCUUAUUGAAGGGUUCUCAAGUGUUUUUCCUUUUGUAACAUUUAAUAUGUUGCUAUUUAAUAUUUGUGUUAUGAAAAAGUAAUUAGUUAUAUUUAUUUUCAAUAUAAUAAAUAUUUAUAUUUUAA